CCGAAAGGCGCACUGUCUGAGGCAAAACGCUCCCAUGAGCUCCAAAAGGGCUGGCCUCCGAGGUGAGCCAGUCCCAGGAAGAGACAGGAUAGCCUGCUUGCUUUCUGCUCCAGUAGCGGCAGUGCCGUAACUCGGUCACUAAGUGGCGCCAGAUUUCGACGCUUCACGCCGAGCUCGUCGGAAACUCGCACUCUCUCUCUCACACACACACACACACACACAAACACACACACAACCCAAACCCAACACCUCGACAAGCACGCACAAAGCAGCUGGGCGAAGCUUUAUAGCGGGCUUCCCGGUGUUUUUACUCCGAGCCAAGCCGGAGAGAGGGGGGGGGGGCAACUCGAGGCGGACGGAAAGAGCGACGCAGCUCCUGACAGCGAAGCAUUUCGGCUGAAGAUGUACAGGAUAUUAGCCGUAGCGCUUUGGUGUUUUCUGCAAGCAGAGGGCAGGCAUCCAGAGAUCACCCUUCGUAGCAGCAACAAUGGCAAUUUUUUGGACAAUGACAAAUGGCUGAGCACCGUUUCCCAAUAUGACAAAGAUAAAUACUGGAACAAAUUCAGAGAUGAGGUAGAGGAUGAUUAUUUCAGAAACUGGAAUCCAAACAAGCCUUUUGAUCAAGCCCUUGACCCAUCUAAAGACCCAUGUUUGAAGGUAAAGUGCAGCCCUCACAAAGUAUGUGUCACUCAUGACUACGAGACAGCCACUUGUGUAAGCCGCAAACAGUUGGUACACAGCCUUCGGCAAAAGAAAGGAAAUCUGCCCCAGAGGCAUUGGGCUGGAUCAUCUAAUUUAGUAAAAUGCAAGCCGUGCCCCCUGACGCAUGCCAGCUCUGUUUGUGGUUCUGAUGGACACACUUACACCACUAAGUGCAAGUUGGAGUUUCAUGCCUGCACAUCUGGCAAAAACAUUGUGGCUCGAUGUGAAGGGCCUUGCCCAUGCCUUCCAGGACAAGAGAGUCCAAAACACCGGACUGAGAAAGCUGAAAGAAGCAAAAAUAGGUCAGCAACAAGCAGGAUGAGCAUCAAUGCUAUACUUCACCUCCUACUGGUUAUUCUUCUCUUCCGUAAUUACAAGGAUCAGUCUUACUAGUUGUUACAUAAUUCUUGCUUUCCAAACUUUACCAUUCUAUUAUUGUAAUUCAAGUUAUGCAAAAUUUCCUGUUCCAGACUUUUUGUUCAAUAACGAGGAAUAUAAAUAAAAGUAGUUGCAGAGAAUAAUGUCAAAGUAGGUAUUUAUGCAUUACCCACUCCUCUACAGCUGCAUACCAAUGUCUUAACAAGCAGGUAUGGUAUAUUAACUUAGUGGUGCAUUGGUUUUAGACAUGAUAUAAGGUUUUCUUCAGAAUAUAACACUACAGGACCAGUGAUUCGGUAUCCCCUCUGCAUAUCUAUUAGGUAUAUUUUAUUGCUAUCUGGUGGUGCUGUGCUAAUAAUAGAAAAAAACUUACUAAACCUAUCUUAAUAAGUGUGUCAAAUGCACAUUUCUUCUGUAAUGUGACAUUAUUAUUAUGGUUUGUCACAUAAUCAACCACUUUAGACUGGAUUUGGCAUUUUUAUCCACCCAUUGAGUCUUUCUCAAAGACCUGUGGUAGGCUGAUGUUCUUGUUUGAUGGGGUUAAAGGGAUGAUGAUGAUGAUGAUGAUGAUGAUGAUUUGGCUUGGUACAAUCGCUUGCCACAUAAUGAACAGCAUUUAAUAAAGGUGCUGUCAUUUCACCCCACAAAAAAAUCAAAGCUAUUCCCUCAACGUCUUUACAUAAUUAUUGUUUUACUUAAAUGGCUAUAUAAUGACAAUGAUUGAUGAAAGACCAGUCAGUGUACUGCUCCUGGUACUGUUUGUCAUGAGAGAAUCAUCUUUUGGUGCCUCUGUUCUUAAGCUUCAUAAAAAUAUUCUUCUUUAUUCACAACAAUGGACCCAACUGUCUAUUUGGUAAUGAUGCCAAACAAAUGUUGAAUGAUAAAUGCCCAUUUGUAAUCAGCACUGAAACAUUUUAUCCUUUCAGCCAGAAAACUCUUGUUUUCUAAAAUCAGUCCAACACAUUAAGUAUUUCAGCAACGAGAGGGAGAAAAUCCCAAAGACUGAAGCAAGAAACUGUUAUUAUUUUAGAGUUGGGCAAUACUUGCCCAAGACAAUCAGUCUCAGAUUGCCUGAUUAUCAAUUCCCAAGCCAGUGCCAUAGAAUCUUUGUACAUAAUUAUGGCAGUACAGCAAAAAUUGUUUCAAGUACUCAUAUGAGAAUAAGUGUUUUAGAGCUGCUUUAAUGUAGAGGCCCGUAAGCCCUUCAUUCUCAAAGCCCUUUUCAGUAAUAUAGCCCUAAUCAACAAUAACUGGGUCCCUAAGCAUUUACUGUUCAGCAAAAAAAACAGAAUUUUGUUCAAGUGUACAUGAAUUGUUCAAGUGUAUAUGAAUUACUGGAAAGAUAGAGGCAGUGCAAAAUAAACAUUAAGCUAAUGUUUAUUAGCGUCUACUUAAAUAGUCAUAAUAACCAGUGGUGGGAUUCAAAUAUGUGUGGAUGCCACUUCCGGAAGUCCGUUCUGGGCCUGGGCAACAAAAAAUUAGCUACCGGUUCUGCCAAAGUGGUGCAAACUGGCUGAAUCCCACCACUGAUAAUAACAUGCACACACCAAAAUAACUUCAAUUAAUAGUAAUAGAUGUUUGUCUUGUAGGAUCAUAAAAUAAAUGCUAAAGUGAAAUAAAGUAAUACACUGCACAAUUGCAGUCUGUUGUUCUUUCAUUACCUGUUUUAUUGAUUUUUUAAAAACCAAAGAUUAUCAGAAAUUUUUAUUGUAAAUAUUAGUAAGUUAUAAUCUAGAAACCUAGAUUAUACAGUAGGUUUCUUGAGCCAGACCCUCUUUCUCAGCCCUAUAAAGAAGGCAAUUACAAACCACUUUUGAAAAUGUUACCAAAGAAACAAUAUUGACUUCCUCAGGCAGUUUCCAGGAAUCAGAAGUGAUUCAAAGGAAUUUUUUAAAAGUAUUAUAUU